AUGGCAGUGCAACCUAACCAACAGUUCAGCAUGGAUCCUCCUACGCAGCAGAGUUUUGUUAGAUUUUUUAAAAGUCUCCCAGAGAAACUCGAUACCACGAUACGGUUUUUCAAUAGAUCAGACUAUUAUACGGUACAUGGAAGCGACGCUCUCUUUGCUGCACAAGAAGUAUUUAAAACAACAUCCGUGUGUAAAAUGAUUGGAGCUGAGCCCCAUAAAACGGAAGGAGUUAUUCUCAAUAAAAGUCAUUUCGAGACGUUUGUACGCGACUUGUUGUUAGUGAAGCAAUAUAGAGUUGAAGUUUAUGUCAAUCAAGGCUCCUCUAAAAAUCAGAACUGGAUCUUGGAGUACAAAGGUUCACCCGGCAAUCUAUCUCAUUUCGAAGAUAUCUUGUUCGGCAAUAAUGAAAUAGCUGUGGGUGUAUCCGUAAUAGCUGUGAAACUGGGAACAGAAGGAAAAUCCAGAGUCGUCGGCUUAAGUUGUGUGGAUGUCGUUUCAACUUUAAUUUCAGUUGCUGAAUUUCAAGAUAACGAAUCAUUUUCAAAUCUAGAGUCGCUCCUUGUAACACUUGCUCCAAAAGAAUGUUUGUUAAUUCAGGGAGAAGGCAGUUAUGAAUUUCAAACUCUCAAACAACUGAUGGAAAGAAGUAACGUCAUGGUUACUUUAAGAAAGAAAAAUGAAUUUGCCAGUGACUCAAUUAUUGAUGACCUGAACACGUUAAUAAAAUUUAAGAAAGGACAAAAACAGAAUGCGCAAUCGUUGCCUGAAGUUAACUUAAACUUAGCCAUGUCUGCAACAUCUGCUCUUAUUAAAUAUUUAGAUUUAACAUCAGACGAAGGCCAUAUGAAUCAAUUUAAACUGAAUCAAAUCGAGCAGUCGCGGUACAUAAGAUUGGAUUCUGCGGCAAUAAAAGCUCUCAACAUCGAACCACAUACUGAUACAAUUCCCAAUUUACAUGGAAAUCCAGUCGCCAGCGUUUUAACAUUAUUAGAUAAAUGCAGAACCGCGCAAGGGCACCGAUUAAUCGCGCAAUGGGUUCGACAGCCUCUUAAAGACCUAUCUCUAAUAAAGGAACGGCAUGAUAUCGUUGAGCUAUUAGUAACAAAUAACGAACUAAGAUCUGUUCUUAGUGAUGACUAUUUAAAACGUAUACCGGAUCUACAACAGCUCGCGAAGAAACUUGCUAGGAAGAAGUCGACGUUACAAGAUUGUUACAAAAUCUACCUGUGCGUAUCAUACUUACCAAAACUAAUGGAACAGCUUUCAUCAGAAGGAACUAUCACAGCCUUGAAAACAAUGAUAAUAGAUCCACUGAAGGAACUUAUAGAGGAUAUGGAUAAAUUUCAACAACUGGUAGAGCAGACAAUUGAUUUAGAGGCUGCAGAAAGGGGUGAUUUUAUGGUCAAUUCAGGAUUUGAAGAUGAUCUGAAAACAUUAAAAGACGCAAUGGAUGAAACGGAAGAAACCAUUCAACAACAACUCAAUAAGGCAGCGAAUGAUCUUUGCUUAGAAGCAGGAAAGAUGUUAAAGCUAGAAUCUAAUCAACAAUUCGGCUAUUAUUUUCGUAUCACAUUAAAGGAAGAGAAAAUACUUAGGAACAAGAAACAUUACACUAUUCUGGAUUCUAAUAAAGCUGGCGUAAGAUUCCGAAACAAUAAAUUAAACGAAUUGAAUGACGAUUUUAUAGAUGCCAGGAAUAAAUAUUUGGAGAGGCAGAAAGGCGUUAUUACAGAAAUUGUAGGAAUUGCAGCUGGCUAUAGCGAAACAGUGCGUACCAUCGGUGGCGUGCUGGCAUGCCUAGAUGUUCUCACUGCAUUUGCUUCUGCAGCAGUAAGUGCUAACAAGGUAUAUGUGCGCCCCAAAAUGGUCCCGAGCGAAGAAGGUGAAUUGAAUCUCCUUCAAGUUAGACAUCCGUGUUUGGAAAUGCAACAAGGAGUCGACUAUAUUGCGAAUGAUAUCAAUUUUAAAAGAGAUCAGUGCCACUUUUGCAUUAUUACUGGCCCAAAUAUGGGAGGUAAAAGUACUUAUAUCAGAUCUGUUGGUGUAACUGCAUUAAUGGCUCAUAUUGGUAGUUUUGUUCCUUGUGAUAAAGCAACUAUAUCAUUACUGGAUUGCAUAUUGGCUAGAGUGGGAGCUGACGAUUCCCAGCUAAAAGGAUUAUCGACCUUCAUGAUGGAAAUGAUAGAAACUGCUGCUAUUUUGAAGACAGCGACAUGUAAUUCUCUUGUAAUUAUCGACGAAUUGGGUAGAGGUACAUCUACCUACGAGGGUUGUGGUAUAGCGUGGUCAAUAGCAGAGCAUUUGGCGAGGGAUAUUAAAUCGUAUUGCCUAUUUGCUACGCACUUCCACGAAAUUACAAAGUUAGCUGAAGAAAUACCUACUGUAAAAAAUCAACAUGUUACCGCUCUUGUAGAAGACAAUAAAUUGACGUUACUUUAUAAAAUAAAGCCAGGGAUUUGUGAUCAAAGUUUUGGUCUUCAUGUCGCUAAGAUGGCUAAUUUCCCACCAGAUGUAAUAGAGUUCGCCAAAAGAAAGCAAGCAGAGCUCGAGGACUAUCAAGGCGUAGCUUUUGAAGGAUCUGAUAAUCCCCAGAAGAAACAGAAGAUUAUUCAGGAGGGUGAAAUCCUUAUCUCGCAAUUUCUCACAAAGUGUAAAGCUUUAGACCAGUCUUUAUCUAACACCGACCUGGAAAAUCAGCUGUCGUUGUUAAAAGAAGAUAUUCUCUCCCACAAGAAUCCUUACAUUGAGGCGCUCCUGACCGCUUCGUAAAUCGAGAAUUAUUGUAUACCACGUUGUGAACACAAAAGAGGGACUCGAACGAGCAGUAUUAUUUUUAAAAAUACUUUACUGUUGACUGAAUCAAACGAAGAAAAAAAGAUG